AUGUGCUUCAGCGGCGCUGCGAAGUCUAACUUCGGCCAUCUCGGAGGAGCAAGUGGGCUGCUUGGGGUGAUCAAGACAAUCCUCGCCAUCGAAAAAGGGGUGAUCCCUCCCAAUACGAACUUUGAGAAGCUCAAUGCCAAUAUCGAUGAUGCCUUCUUCCACCUGAAGUUCCCCACACAAGAGGUGCCAUGGCCGGAGAUGGCUUCUGGCAUUCGAAGAGCAUCGGUCAACUCGUUCGGGUACGGCGGGACGAAUGCGCAUGUUGUUUUGGACGAUGCCCGGUCGUAUAUGCAGCAUCGAAGGCUGACUGGCCAUCAUUGCGUCCGCGCGGCGCCAAACCCUAGUAGUCCCCCCCAUCACGUGCACACUGGUGUCAACGAAACAGACCGAAAGAUGCCGCGACUGCUCGCCUUUUCAGCGCUAGAUGAACAAGGGAUCCAGCGACAAUUAGCUACACAUUUUAAAGCUCUCGUUCGUCUUGGAGAUAGUGUCCUUGAUGACUACGCGUAUGCCCUGGCCUGCCACCGUGAUCCCCAUGCAUGGAAAGCCUUCUGUAUCUUGACAUCCUCCACCGAUGUCCAGGACAAGCCACUGACCCUGUCGGCGAAAUCCUGUCGGAGUGCCCGAACAAAUCCAACACUAUGCUUUGUCUUCACCGGCCAAGGAGCGCAAUGGCAUGGCAUGGGCCAACAGUUGCUCGCCUGCUCAAUUUUCCGGGAUAGUCUCAUUAGAUCCCAGCGCCGGUUAGAGCGGCUGGGAUGGACCUCCUUUCUCAUCAACAUCCUCAGUGACUCGAACCUGGCGCCCUUGUUGGAUCGAGCGUAG